AAGAUGUCAGGAUACUGCAGCAGGCAGCAGCAGUCUCUCCUCAUUCCUCCUUGUCUUUACAUCUCCUCGCCUCCACUCCUAAUCUGCUCUGUAUUUUUUCCUCUUUCCUUCCCCUUUUUCAUCUCUCUUUUUUUUAAAUAAGGAAACAUUGGAGAAAUCCAUAUUCUCUCAGGCUGGAUUCACUCGUUUGCACCAGUGGAUGGACUUUAUUCCCCAGCAAGAACAGUGACAUCUUGAAAACACAUUCACACACUCUGCUGCCUGCACCUCCUGAAGCAUUCGUGGGGAUGGAUCAGCGAGGAGGUGCAGGAGGAGGGACGGAGAACCCCGUCCUCCAGGUCAGUGCCAGCCCAGAGCGGCAAGAGCGGCAAGACCAGAGCCCCAUCUCUGGCGGUGGCCCGCCGCCACCCUGCAAGCUGAGCCGCGCGGAGGUCAACGGCAGCCCGGCAAACCCACAGAGCCGACAGAAUGGCACGCCACUGACAACAAUGGGAGGUUUGAUGAUCCCGGUCUACUGUGUGGUGGAGCACAGUGACGCCGGAGCCACGGGGAACUUUGACGGACACGGCGACUGUCACGCCGAGUUUGUGUUGGUGCGCAGGGACGUCCUCUUCACUCAGCUGGUGGAGACGGUGCUGGUCGCUCUCGGGUACUCGCAUAGCUUGGCUGUACAGGCACACGGUAUCAUUAAAGUGGGCCGCUGGAAGCCGAUGCCCAUCCACUAUCUCACAGACGCGCCAGAGGCAACGGUGGCUGACAUGCUGCUGGACGUUUAUCACAUGGUCACACUGCGCAUCAUGCUGCACAGCUUCGCGCGGCUGGAGGAGCUGCCGUCAGAGCAGUGGACCCAUGCCACGGUGAGGAACGCCCUCAAAGAGCUGCUGCGAGAGACCAACCAGAGCGCUCUGGCUAAAGAGUGUCCUCUCUCCCAGAGUAUGAUUUCAGCGAUAGUGAACAGCUCCUACUACGCCAACGUCUCCACCUCAAAAUGCCAAGAGUUCGGACGCUGGUACAAGAGAUACAAACGCAUCAAAGGUGACUACAUUGAGAAGAUGUGGAGUGCACAGGACAAGUCGGAUAUAAAAGUGGAGAGGGAUUUAGACCUGGGCAUCAUCAGCCAUCGUCCUCCCGCUCUCUUACCCUCCACCGCACAUCUGGCCACCAUUGGUGGCCCUGGAGCUCUGCCAAUCAAGAGUGGCCUUGGGGACACCCCCACACCCACCCAGCCUCAUGGUCUGCCUCACCCAGCGGGCCAGCACCACCCCAGUCCUCCACUGCGUCCCCAGGCUCCGCCGCUUCUGGGCCACAGCAGCCUUCUGUCCCCUCAGCUCGUCCGCCAGCAGCUCGCCAUGGCCCACCUCAUCAACCAUCAGCUUGCCGUCAGCCGCUUACUCGCCCACCAGCAGCACCCACAAGGAGUCAACCAGCAGUUCCUCAACCACCCGCCCAUCGCAAGGGUCUGCAAAGGCCCCGGGGGAGCGACUGAGUCGGGCCUCAACUGCUCAGGGGCCGAAGUCUCACCAGACAUUUACCAGCAUGUCAGGAACGAGCUGAAGAGGGCCAGCGUUUCUCAAGCAGUGUUUGCCCGCGUGGCUUUUAACCGCACACAGGGGUUACUUUCAGAGAUCCUUCGUAAGGAGGAGGACCCUCGCUCUGCCUCUCAGUCACUGCUGGUCAACCUGAAGGCCAUGCAGAACUUCCUCAACCUGCCCGAGGGCGAGCGAGACCGCAUCUACCAGGAGGAGAGAGAGAGGAGCACCAACACGAACCACAACCACACCACCAACCACAUCUCCACCCCUACCACACACAGACACACACAGUCAAAGUGCAGCGUGUCCAGUGCAGAGCUGCCACUGAAGCUCGACUCGCUGAUGAACAUCACGUCAGGGAUCUACGAUGAGAUCCAGCAGGAGAUGAAGAGGGCGAAGGUCUCGCAGGCUCUGUUUGCUAAAGUGGCUGCCAAUAAAAGCCAGGGUUGGCUGUGUGAGCUGCUCAGGUGGAAGGAGAGCCCGAGCCCCGACAACCGCACGCUGUGGGAGAACCUGUGCACCAUCAGGCGCUUCCUGGCGCUAACGCAGUCCGAUCGCGACCACGUCUACGAAGAGGAGUCGAGGCAGCAGCACAGCGACAGAGUUCACACCGUUCUCCACAUCCCAGAACAGCAGGCUCUCCACAGACAGCCCCUCCCACCGCUGACCUCUCCAUCUCCAGUCCAUGAAGAACCACAGCCCGUCCUGCUGCCGGCACUGCACAGCUCAGAGGAGACGCCCCAGCGCGGGAUGAGUCCAGGCCUCGGAGGACAGAAGAAAGCCCGCUCCCGGACACGGAUCUCUCUGGAAGCGCUGGGAAUCCUGCAGAGCUUCAUCGGCGACGUGGGCCUCUACCCCGACCAGGAGGCCAUCCACACCCUGUCGGCUCAGCUGGACCUGCCCAAGCACACCAUCGUCAAGUUCUUCCAGAACCAGCGCUACAACGUCAAGCACCACAGCCAGACCAGAGAGUCCGUCCCCGAGGACGACGGCGACAGCUUGAGUCCCAGUGAGGGAGGCAUGAACGCGGCGGAGCAGAGCAGAGCGGAGGACGCGUUCUCCGCGUCCGAGGAGUCCAGCGAGGACGGCAGAGGAUCAGUGGUGUUCAGAACAGAGGGAGGAGAUGACCGAGAGGUGGAGAUGGAGCUGGAGAAGGAAGAGGCGGAUGACGGGAAAGCCUCAGGUCCCGCGACGUCCUCGCUGUCCCCCUACAGCAGCCUGGACAGUCCACACUCUGCAGAGCAGCAGAGAUAACAGCAGAGGACACACACACACACACACAAACAGCUGUGAAGCACACACACACACACACACAUGCUCUGUACCAGAGCUGAUCAGAGCUCAGUGAUAUCUGGACGACUACAUUUGAAGGAUAAUGCCAGUGUUUUUUUAAUAUUUUAUAACACUGAUGUAAAGAUACAGUACGUACUGUAUCUUUACAUACACCGAUGCUUAAAUUUCCACUUCUCUCUAAAGUUGAGGAUUUGAUCCUCUGAGAGCUUUAAGCUUGCGGUACACGUACUGUAAGUUAUACGUACACGACUUCAGGAGAGAGAGGGAGAACAAUUCAAGGACGUUUCAUGGAAGCCGUGGUGGAAAAUCCUUUCAGAUAUUCAAAAUAAAUAAAUGAAGGCGCAUCGACUUACUGUACGUACAGUAGCUGUUUAGCAGCAGCCGCCGCUCGUGUAAAGAGGUAAAGAGUCACUCAACUCGACAAAGCCAGUUUUCUACUCGUGUUUUUUCUAGCGUGCCGUUUAUUGUCGUGCUUUGAUGCUUCGAGCGUUUCAUACAUGGACUCUUACUGACAAUAAACCACCAUUGUAUUAAUAUUUAUUGCCACCUUUGUAUUCAGGAAAUCAAAAGUAUUAUCGCUGUCAUGAGUUUUUGUUUGUGGUCUUUGUAAAUGUGACGAGAGAGGAAAAGUCUGAGCUUUGAAAUCACAGACUUUUUAUUUGCUAUUUCUGGAUCAAUGUAUCGAUUCAUGAACAUGAAAUUUCAAAAGUGAAAACAUAGACUAAAAAAAAGUGAUUCUUAUUUAUAUUUAAACGUGAGAGUGAAUUUAAAUCAUGACAUCAUGACAUCAUAUUUCAGUUGCGACAAAUGCGACAGUAAAAAUCAUUUCCAUAUCAAUUCCCUGAAUCGUAUCGAUCCAGAUCAUAUCACGAGAGACUGUGUGAUAUUGGCAAAUGGCCCAAUAGUCGACUCUGAAGCUGUCGAUUUACACUCGGUAUGUAAACGCUGACAAUCUGUCGUCAUGGAUGCAAGUUACUGUCAACAUUGUUUGUUUUUUUGAAUCAUUUUAUGCCACAAAGGAACAAGGUAGGAAAUGUAUUUCCUUUCCCAGUCUGUGCGGCCCUGGACGAGAGCACACAAGCUUUUUAUUUGUUCCACUUUGUCAAUUUAACUCUCUGUUUUGUUUCAGGACAAGAAAAUCUGAUAAAACCUUUUGAAAUUA